AUGUCUAUUGUGUAUAUUAUUUUAAUCAUAUCAACAUUAUGUUUUUUAUUCGUUGAACCUUUGUUUCGUGAUAUAACCACAUUGUCAAAUAAUCCUUCUAAUUCUGAUUUAUGUUCUGAUAUUUACGCUGAAAAUGUCACAUCUGGUAUUAUUCAUAGUUUAAAAUAUUACGGAGGUCAACUUCAUCCAUCGAAUGUAUCAUGUUCGUGGACAGUCGUCAAUAAACAACCUGAAUAUUCCUCCUCCUAUUUUAUUCUUUCUCUUCGUUCAGUUGAAUACGAAGCUCGUUCAGUAGCAUCAACAAACUCGAAAUAUUUUCUUGAGUUAAUUUUAUCAUCUCCUACUAAAUUAUAUCGUUUUGAUGAGAUAAGCACUUCAAGAACACUGUACAUACCAUCUUCAAGUUUUACAAUAAAUUAUAUUUCACGUGUAAAUAAUCAUCAACAAUAUAAUUCUCACAUUCGAACAGAUCCCCAUGUAAAACGUUUUCUUGUCGAAUUUAUAUUUGUGUCAGAUUCAAAUCCAACAGUUGAUAAUUAUUUCAAAUGUAAAAAUUCGAGAUAUGUUGCUGAAAAUUGGCAAUGUAACUGUAUCGAUGAAUGUGGCGACGGAUCUGACGAAGAAAAUUGUUCUCUAAAACAAUGUAGUGAACAACCAUUAGUUAGACCAACACAAACGUGUAGGCGUGAUGAAUAUUGGUGUUUACCGCAACAACAACAAUCAAAAUUACGAUCAUUCUAUGAUUAUACAAUUAUAGCAGCGAAACGUAUACCAUGGUCAAGUUUCGAACAAGAAGUAGAAGAUGAGAGUAUAAAUGAUUAUUGGAUUAAAAAUGAAAAAACUGAUCUGAAAGGUGUAUGUGUUCCAGAUGUUCGUUUACCAUGUUCACCUCAAUUGUCCAAUGAUUGUCUUUAUUAUUCAAUUCCUACUCGUUAUCAAUGUUCACAUUCAACCGAAUCCAAUUAUUUAACAUUUGUGUACAGAAAUGAUCAUGGCUCUAUAUAUAUUGAUUCAUUGACAUUAGAAAAUUUUUUUACUGAUAAAAAGUAUGCGUCUUUAUGUUACGUUGUUGUUGCUCAAUUUCAACAUAAGCUAAAACUGUCUUUAAAUAUAAGUGGAUUACUUAAACCAACUGAUAACAAACUAUCAUCAGCUUUUGAACUGAAUGUUUAUGAUGGUAGUGAACAACAGCAGCUUCUUCUCCAUACAUAUCUGUCACAUCAUCAAUAUUAUCCAGAACGCAAAGUAAUCCAGCUACAAACAAGAGUCAAUCAUAUAGCCACCGUUGUUAUUAGGAAAAAAGACAAUCAACAACACCCGUCUUAUUAUCCAGAAUAUUUGACAAAAUUAGCUCAAAAACAAGAACCGGUACAAACAGUGAAAACAGAACACCAUGAUGAAGAUGUUCUAGGAUAUAUUGAUGGGACAAACAGAUAUAAUGAUACACCAGUAACUGAUAACAAUGUUAUCACAGUCAAAACAAAUAGAUAUCAACGAUCAACGGAUGGAAGAUAUUCCGUUUUAGUCGAUGUUACGUACACACAACAAAUAUGUCCAGAUGACAAAAUACCCUGUGGACGUUAUGAAACGAAAUGUUAUUCGAAAUAUGAACGAUGUGAUGGUAAAUGGGAUUGUAUAUCCGGCGACGAUGAAUUAGGUUGUUCGUCUGAACAUUGCCCAACAAUGUUUUCUUGUGAUGGCACACGUACUGCUUAUCAACAACCUCAUGGAUUAUUCGGUACACAAUCACCAGCCGAGAUUUCAAAUGAAAAUGUGAACAUAUUAGGAAAUACAGCAAAUAAAAUUGUUGAUACUUCAUUUUCAUCUGCUCGCAUUCAACCACAACAACAAAUACAAUUUCCUACAUCACAACGUUGUUAUACAUGGUCAGAACGUUGUAAUGGCUAUGCAUUUUGUCAUGAUAAGUCGGAUGAAAAAAUGUGUACAAAAUGGUUUUGUAAUUCGAAAAAUGGCACAUUUCUUUGCCAAAAUUUGAGAUGUAUAUAUGAAACUUGGCUAUGUGAUGGCGCUGAUGAUUGUGGUGACAAUUCGGAUGAAACCGAUUGUCAGACUCGUUUACCACGACGAAUCGUAACAGCAGCCGUUAUUGGCUCAACUGUUUGUUGUACACUAUUUAUCAUUGCACUUGGUUGUACGUGUAAACUAUACCAUUUGAGAACGGCUGAAAGGCGAACAACAACGCGACUACUGAAUCCACAACGAUACAUUGAACGACAUCGACAACGACAGCAAGCUGCAGUAUCGACAACGCCUGAAACGAAUGGUGUGGAUACAAACAAUAGUACAGAUUCACGUCGUUUGGCACCACCAUCUUAUAAUCAAACGAUGGGUUUUAUCGAUGACAAUGAAGAACGUCAGAUUGCAUUAGCUGAACAUUUGAGAUCAGCUGGCUUAACAAAUUUAAUAGCAUUACCAUCUACACAUUCGUCACGAACUUCACGUUCAGUGUCUCGCUCACACCAUAGACGUCAUCGUCGACAUCGUCAUCGACGCCAUUGUUCGUUAGGUGACUCGUUAUCCCGUGUUACUCUUCUAGAACCAAAUAAUGUUCCAGCCUUAUCUAGUAAUACAAAUGAUAAUACCAUUCCAAAUGUAUCAUUUAUUCAAACUUCUUCUACACGCUUUCAACGUUUACGUUCUCAUUUACGUCAAGGUUUAUCAUUAUUAAGACCAUCAGCAGCAGUUUCUUCUUCUGUCCAACAACAACAAUCUCCAAUUGAAUCAACAUCAACGAAUUUUGAUAUUUAUGAACGAUUACCAAGUAUAUAUUUUGAUAACGAAGAUUUACAGCCCUUAGCAUCAACAAUAACACUGCCACCACCUUCAGUAGUAACCACUGAACGCCCAAAUUAUUUAACAUCGGAUUUUAUUCAAGUGCCGCCUAAUCGUGAACUUCCACCUCCAUAUACUCCUGUAUCAAUCAUCGAACAACAAACAAAACCGUCUAAGACAACUCGUAAGGAAUAUUGGCUAAUGAAAACACCUGAAUUCUGGAAUAAAAUUGUACAGGCCGUACCAGAGAUUUUAAAUGAUUCAUCAGCAUUAGGUUUAUGCCAAGAUUCGGUAUUAUUUUGUGAAAAUGAUGAUAUAAAACGUUUAACUCAAAUGGUGCAAGAUAAUCCAUUAUUAUAUAAAGUUGUUUCACAAGUAUUAAAAGAAUGGACAAGUACAAGCAAUAGUAAUACAGCUGCGAAAGAUAUUCAAUUAUCGCCUGCUGCGUAUUAUCUUAAUGGUCAUCGUUUUGGUAGUCAAUUAGCUAUACCACGUCAACAGACAAAUUUUAACGUGAUGCCGAGACGUAUUACCAAUGAAGAUUUUCAACGUGCUCUUGAACGAACAAGUAGAGGAGCAGCAACAGCAGCGUCAAGUCAACAUCAACAACCAUCACCAUCAUCAUCAUCAUCAUCAUCUCAUUCAACAUAUAGGCGACAACAACCUUCCACAUCUCGUACAACAAUAAAUAUGGAACAUUUAAGAAAUGCAUUACAAUCAGCACAACAACGAAGUAUGUUUCAUUGUUUAGUAAAACUUUUGUAUUGUCAAAAAUCAAUCUGAUUAUGGAAUAAAUAAGUGGCUGAUCUUUUUUUAGCAGAUAACGCUACAACUACAACAUCAAUGAAUACAACAAGCAGCGCUCCUCCUCCAUCUUCAGUUAUUCAAGGAUUAUUAGAUCAAAUGCAUGACAUGGGUCUUGUUGAUGAUGGGAAAAAUUUAGAAG